GAAAUAUUCUGGGCCCUUCUGGGCCUCCAAAGGCCAGGUAGCUUUAGACUAUACUUCCCGCCCUGGAGGAAGCCCAGAGGGUUCCUCAGCUUGUGCCGUGCUGCGACAUUGUCCCACUCUGAAUGCUCUCCUCCUGCCACAGUUACAGCAGGAGUGAGGACUCAAGCUGAUGCCAGCCACUUCCUCUGCCCGCCACCUGCUAACACCCUCAAGUGUUUGCCCUGGCACCUGUCCAUGCUUGCGUGCUCUCUGCACACACACUCAGUCUCCCCACGAACACCUGUGCCUCUUUACACACACAGAGAUAAACACUUUUUCACUUUCCCUUUUUUAUUUUUAUUAAGGUAUAGCUGAUUUACAAUGUUGUGUUAGUUAGAAAAGCACUUUUUGAUGGCGGGAAGGCGCCCUCUCCCAUUUCUGGUGAGAGGGGCCCUUCACGGCACGCUGCACACAGUGGCCGGGGAAUCCCCACACGGCGGGGUCCAUUCCCUCUGUGGGAUCUGGGCCCACUGCCAUGACCCCUGUUUAAAAUUUUAAAUUAAUUUUUUUUAAUUAAAUUUUAUUUUAUUUUUAAAAUAUGUAAUCAUUUUAAUGGUGCCGUUUGGUUUUCUGCUCUGCUUUAGUGGUGGUAAUGUAAGCACAUAAUAAAAAGAAAUGCAAAUAACACCAAAGGGUGUACAGUGAAGUCUAAGUCCCCUUUUUCCCCAGUUCCCAGUCCCCAGUUCUUCCUCCUGACCCCCCACCCCAGGGCAGCUCCUGGACUUGCCUUCCUUAUGUCUUACUGGAGCUGUUUUCUUCAUCUGUAAGCACUGGAUGAGUUCAUGGGGUUGACUGUUUUCUAUACGUGACAGUUCACCAUAUUCAUUAUCCUCUGCCUCUUUUUCCCCAGGGUGUGCACAAAAAUAAUUUAAAAACACUGACAGUUGAUGAAAUUUAAUAAGCAGUUAAAUCCCAUGCUUUUUUUCACCUAAUCUACAAUAAAUAUAGUUUUCAAGUGAACUGUCUUAAACAGUUAUUUUAUGUUCAUCCCAAUUUUGUACCCCUUCAGCUACUAAAAUGUCCAAGUAGACCCAGACCUGCUUCUCUAGAAGAAUUCACAGUUUCUCACAGGAAGAGAUUGCAGGGGAGGGGCCUGAUUUCACAUAAUGUACCUGAAGCAUGGGAGUCCAGUUAAGAUGAUGGAGAGUUACAUCGCAGUUCUCACGAAGGGGAUAUGCCAGAGUGAAGAAAAUGGCUCUUUCCUUAGCAAGGACUUUGAUGCCCGAAAAGCAUACCUUGCGGGUUCCAUCAAAGACAUUGUAUCUCAGUUUGGAAUGGAAACUGUUAUCUUACACACAGCACUGAUGCUAAAGAAAAGAAUUGUCGUCUAUCACCCCAAAAUAGAAGCUGUACAGGAGUUUACCAGGACUCUGCCUGCCCUGGUAUGGCAUCGACAGGAUUGGACCAUACUUCACUCCUACGUGCACCUGGAUGCUGAUGAGCUGGAAGCCCUACAGAUGUGCCCAGGUUACAUCGCUGGAUUUGUGGACUUGGACGUGAGCAAUAGAUCAGACCUGUACGAUGUGUUUGUGAAUCUGGCAGACAGUGAGAUCACCAUCGCCCCGCUCGCAAAAGAGGCCAUGACAAUGGGCAAACUGCAUAAAGAAAUUGGUCAGUUAAUUGUCCAUUCGGCAGAAGAUCCAGAGAAGUCAGACAGCCAAGUUAUACAGGAUAUCUCCCUAAAAACAAAAGAAAUCUUCACCAACCUGGCUCCAUUUUCAGAAGUUUCGGAUGAUGGAGAAAAGCGAGUGCUCAAUUAUGAAGCACUAAAACAAAGACGAUUUCCACCAGCCACAGAAAACUUCCUCUACCAUCUAGCAGCCGCAGAGCAAAUGCUGAAAAUCUGACGGUGGGACAGAAUGUAUCACUGAUGACUGACCUAAAGCCCUAGCACCAUGAUUAUCCAUUCACUAUGUAAAAUACUGGAAAUAACCAAGAAAAUGUUAUAUUUUUAAUGUUUUAUUUGAAAGCAUUGUAAUUUGACCUGAAAAAGCACUGAAACACACAUGAAAACACUUCUGAUUUCCUCCUGAUUAAUUUCAUGCCUACUCUCAAUGUUUACAAAGUGCUGUAACCACCUAUCUGUGUAACUUUAUAAAAGCCCGUCAUCCUGGGGUAAGAGCAGAGCAGUUCUGUCAAGUUCUCCUGCAAAUCGCAGCAAAUCUGAAGGCCUUCAUUAUUGUAAGUUCCAGUUUAUCUCAUUGUGUAACCACAAACUAACGGUUUAUUUUCGGAAAGCUGCCUGAAAUUUUGCUUUGAAUUCUUCUAGGAAGAACUUUAAUUCCUCAUGAGGAACUCUACUUUCUGAGCCAAACUACUAAGUUCUCUGCAGAACCGUCUAGAAGAUCAUUCAAAAGACCCUGCAGUUGCACUUUCUUGUAAAAGAAAUUUUUUUUUUCUUAGCCUUUGAAUAUUUUGCCUAUAUUACAAGGGUUUUGCCUAGAUUUUAUACUUGAGUAGACAACUUUAAUAAUCCAUAUUUAUACUGUCUCAGAGGUAAGCAUUUGGCAAAUUUAAGCCAUGAGUACUCUUUAAUUAACCUAGUUGCUAGCAAUAUUCUUUUGAAAAAAGAGGCCAGUCCUUAUGUAGUAGCAUAAGAGAAGAAGCCCAUUUUGAAUAUAAAUGUCUGUCUGACUGAAAGCAACCUUAUAUAAUUGGUGAGGGAGUGUGAGAAUUAACUUCUUGUAAAGGCCAAAACCAGAGAAUGUCUUCAAACGUCAGUAAAAAUAAUUUGGCCACAUAUGAAGGUACCCAUUCUCAUUUAGUUAGGUACCUUUUUCAUAAUUGGAGACCUAAAAAUUGCAAAAUAAGCAUGGGGGUCUAAAUUACGUUUUGUUAUAUGUAUUCAUAUUAAUUAUGACAGGUUAUUUUUUUCACUCAGUACUCUUGUCCUCAGAAAUCUUAACCAGAAAAAUGUUUGCAGAAAAACUUGUCUUUAUUGGAUCUUUCAUUUAUCCUGGGUGGUAGACAUUUGUUAAGGAAAAAAAUUUUAAAACAGCCCCUUCUUGGUUGGUGUCAGGGGAGGAUUUGAAGUGAAGUGAUGUUUACUGGGGCAAACAAUUGAAAAUUAAAUCUGCACUUUAUGAAAAUGAAUACUAACGUCUUUUUCACCCUCUUUUUUUUAUAUAUUACUGUAUUAACUCAUGAUCAAAGUUGUUGAAACGACAAAUUUAUGAUACAGAAAUAAAGUGAAAUAUUUUGAUAUUCAGCA